UGUUUCAAAUUAAUUCACUAUUGCAUCCUAUGAGUGAGCUCUCUUUCGGCUAAUUAAAAUUUCUGUGAAUUGGCCUUUGCUUGACAGGAUUCUUCCCAAGUCCAGCUCACAAUGAAUGCAUUAUAAAUAAAGGACAGAGGAGACCAACUAACCCUUUUGCAGGUAAGGAGUGUGAAAACAUAAAAGUAUAUUCUUAUGAGGACCUCAGUUGCUAUACCAAUGGAUUUAGGAAAGAAAACCUCAUUGGAAACUUCCAAUUUGGCAAAGUGUAUCAUGGAGAGAUGGAAGGACAACAAGUGACAGUGAAAAUAUGGGAUGGUGUCAAUAAAAAAAAUAGACGAAAUUACGGUACUUUGGGAACUCAAAAUGAACUCAGGUUGAGGGUAUGUGUUGUUUAAGUGAUUUACUUCCUAUAUUUUUUGGUUUCUGUGAUGAUCUGUUGAUUGCCUAAUACUUUGUUUAUUUAGGCUGAACUUAUUUUACUUAAGCAUCGAAAACUGUUAUCACUUCCAUAUUUGGUUAAUGUGAUUGGAUACUGCCACGAAAAUGAACAUUUUAGUGUUGUCUAUGAUCUUAAGCCGCUGAAUUCCAUGCAUAACCUCCUACUCAACGGUAUGUUUUCUUUGCAUCCUCUGAUAAUUUACUGUCAUUAUUUUAUGGGUGUGAUAUUAUGGAGUUUCUGACUCAUGGUUUAUUGAGGUUAGCUUUAGUUCUGGUGCUAAUAUUGAAUCUUAAGCUUUGGGAUGCUUCAUAUGCAUUUUUAAUUAUCUACAUAUUUGUAAAUUGUUCUGACACGUAGCAAUUGAUUCACAAUUGUAGCAAGUGUUUAAGGAAACCACUUUGCAUUUUCAGAUACUUUUACUUGGUCUAAGAGAAUCAAAGCUGCCUUAGGCUUAGCAUACCUACUCAAAUUUUUACACACUCCUGAUCCACCUAAUGAGAAAUACCUUGUUUGCAAUAUUGCUGCUCCUCAUAUAAUGCUUGACCAGGAGUACAAUCCAAAGUUGUUCGACUUCGGCAUGUUUCGAGGUGGAAUUUUUUCCAAUUGGUGGUAUAACUAUCCUUCUAAGAAUGACGAGUGUUUUGGUUAUGCUGAUCCAGCUACGAUUGGGGGAGGUAUUUCAGCUCAACAAGUUUAUUUGUUCUACUGUGUGUGUAUAUAUUUAUGAGCUUGGUGUUCAUCAGCUGGGUGUUUAAAAAAUUCGGAAGAAAAACACAUCAAAUUUAUGUCGUCUGAUUAAAGCACCACAGAUAAAGACCGAAACACUCACUUUCGAUUAAAAUAUAAGUUAUUUUAAUCUUUUUUAAUAAAAAUUUAUUAAAAUG